GUUGUGCUAACGUUCCGCUGAUAUGGCGGGCAGAUCGGGCGCCUAUUGUUGCUGCACUUAGACGCGAGGAUACGGGGCGGGGGCACAGCUACAGGCGCCUCCCCAGGGUCAGCGUGUGUAUUUGGGGCCGUUACCCAGUAACAGAGUGUCCCUGCAGCCAGUGCGAGGAGAGCCGCCCGAUCAUCUGUACGUUGGGAAGAGCGCUACUCUCCGGGAAAUGGCAUCAGUGCGAAAACCUGGCCUGGGUGCUGCCCAACGCAAGAAAACUGGCACCAAACCCGAAUUAACGGAAGAACAAAAGCAAGAAAUCCGUGAAGCAUUUGACUUGUUUGAUACAGAUGGAACUGGCACAAUUGAUGUCAAGGAGUUGAAGGUUGCCAUGCGUGCCUUGGGUUUUGAGCCAAAGAAGGAAGAAAUGAAGAAGAUGAUUUCUGAUAUUGAUAAGGACGGCUCUGGCACGAUUGACUUUGAAGAUUUCUUGGCUCUGAUGACACAGAAAAUGAGUGAGAAAGACUCCAAAGAGGAAAUCAUGAAAGCUUUCCGACUGUUUGAUGAUGAUGGCACAGGAAAAAUUUCUUUCAAAAACUUGAAGAGGGUUGCGAAGGAGUUGGGAGAGAACCUUACAGAUGAGGAAUUGCAGGAAAUGAUUGAUGAAGCUGAUCGUGAUGGGGAUGGAGAAAUUAAUGAACAAGAAUUUCUUAGGAUCAUGAGAAAAACCAGCCUUUAUUAGUACAUAAGAGAGCAUGCCAACAACUUACCUUAUGUGCAUACAAAGCAGAAGAAGGAAAGGAAACUUGUGUCAUAACCUAAUUUCAGGACUGGUAUCCAGACGAUGCUUUGUAUAGUUUCUGCCUCCUAUGCUCUUAAAUGUGCCACUAUAUAAAGCAUGGCCAAACAUUCGGCACUGUCGGCCUUUUCAGUAAAGCAUUCUUAAAGCUGGACUGAAGUCUGCAAUACUUGCCUUUCCUUUACCGGUCCUAAAUCCUUCGCUGGUGCUGGCAUCUUCUGCCCAGCUCCUUGCAUGUUUCGGACUGCGCCCAUCUUCAUUGACUGGUUCACAAUGACGUCACUCGUGUGCAUGCAAAGGAGUUUAGUCCUCCUGGCAUACAGGAUCUAUGGUAGAAUGUAAACUGGGCUGCAUUUGCACAGCACUGUGUACAUUCUAAGGAGGAUUACGAGCAGGCAGGUAGGUUUAUAUUCUUGCAGA